GGACAUGGGAAUGGAAGUUUGCUGCACACUGGGUAUGCUUGAGAAGCAGCAAGCGUUAGAGCUUAAGAAGGCUGGCCUUACUGCAUAUAAUCAUAAUCUUGAUACUUCAAGAGAGCACUAUCCAAAUAUAAUAACCACCAGAACAUAUGAUGAAAGGUUGGAAACGCUUCAAUAUGUCCGUGAGGCAGGAAUUAGUGUCUGCUCAGGAGGAAUUAUUGGUCUCGGUGAAGCAGAAGAAGAUCGCGUGGGUUUAUUGCAUACACUGGCAACCCUUCCUAACCAUCCUGAGAGUGUUCCCAUUAAUGCGUUGGUUGCAGUCAAGGGUACUCCUCUUCAAGAUCAGAAGCCAGUGGAGAUUUGGGAAAUGAUUCGAAUGAUUGCAACUGCGCGCAUAGUGAUGCCAAAGGCAAUGGUUCGGCUUUCUGCAGGCCGUGUCAAGUUCUCCAUUCCAGAGCAAGCUCUCUGUUUCCUAGCUGGAGCCAAUUCCAUCUUCACUGGAGAUAAAUUAUUAACUACUCCUAACAAUGACUUCGAUGCUGAUCAAUUGAUGUUCAAGAUUCUUGGCUUGACCCCAAAAUCUCCCAGCUUUUCUGAAGAAAAUUCAGUUCCAGAGUCUGAAAGAUGCGAGGAAGCUGUCUCUGUUGCUGGUUAAAUCCUCGUUUGACAGUUUUUUCACUGCUUCUUAAAGUAAUUUUUUAGUACAAAUAUUUUAAUUUUUGUACUUAAAAGCUGCUUUAAAAAGCAGCAAAAAAGCCAUCCCAUGCAAAGUCUAAGUCUUAUUGUCAAGUUCUUAAUUUUUUUUAUUUAAUUUUAGGAUAUAAUACUCUUCUGAUAUAUGUAUCAUUGUAGUUUAUUUCAUCAGAGAAAUAAGGUCUUAAGUAUACGAUGUAUUAGAUAAAUACAACGAAAAUGCUUAAAGAUUUUUUAAUUUCUAAGAGCAAAAUUUCUA